CGUGGCGCCUGCUAGUAUAUCAGCACUAGAGCUACACUGCAUUCAGCUAUAAAUUCUCCCUGCUUUCCACUGACUUUCCCUUAUUCUCAGCCUUUUUCCCUCUGUCAGCGAGCCAUCUUCUUCCGACCAGUACUCAAUGAUGAGACAUUUGUUAACAGCCAGCCUGGCUCUGGUCGCUACCGUGGGAGCCAAACCUUCUGAGCCUGUCGUUGACUUGGGAUAUUCGUCCUAUCAAGGAUAUUAUAACACAACAACUGGGCUUAAUAUCUGGAAAGGAAUUCGCUAUGCAGCCCCUCCGAUCGAUGAGUUGCGAUGGCAACCCCCUGUAGCUCCUCCUCGGAAUGCCAGUCAUAUUCUCCCAGCUGUUGACCAGCCACCUGUCUGCCCGCAAUCCGGUGCUGCUAGGACCCCAACCGUCUAUGGCUUUAACUCGGUUCCAGGUGAUGAGGAUUGUUUGUACCUGAACGUCUAUGCACCCCCAGGAGCAUCGGAUUUGCCGGUCUUCGUCUGGAUCCAUGGAGGUGGAUAUGGCCUCUUUGGAGCUGUCUAUGACCCUAGUCCGCUAAUGAACACCAACGGCAACGGCUUUAUCACGGUAGAGAUCCAGUACCGUCUUGGGGCGUUUGGCUUUCUGUCAUCCGCCGAGGUUCACGAAAGAGGCACAACCAAUGCUGGCCUUCUGGACCAGCGGUUCGCACUGCAAUGGGUUCAGCAACACAUCACGAAAUUUGGUGGCGACCCCAGGCGCGUCACUAUCGGUGGCGAGUCAGCUGGUGCCGGGUCAGCCAUGCUGCACUCCCUGGCGUAUGGAGGGAAAGAGUCGAAUUUAUUCCAAAACAUCAUUGCGGCUAGUCCGUACUCAGUACCCAUCUACCCAUAUGAUGACCCCAUACCCACCGGCUAUUACGAAGAGUUUGUCGAGAAGACAGGCUGUGGCCCAUCUUCAACCGCAAAAGCCCGGUACAACAGCAGCUUCGAUUGUUUAGUUGCAGCACCGAGCGAGACGCUCCAAAAUGCCAGCGGUCUGGUUUCCGAAUCAGGCUUAUUCGGCACGUUCGCGUUUCAGCCAGUUAUUGACAAUGAUCUCAUUCGCGAGCGGCCGUCGGCGCAGUUACUCUCAGGCAAAAUUAGUGGUCAGCGAGUCCUUGUCGGAAACAAUGCUAACGACGGUGUCCCCUUGAGUAAUCCUAAUGUGGUGACCGGCGCCGCAUUCAACGAUUAUCUCUCGGCGACAUUCCCAAACUUCACCGAGACCGAUCUCGCCUGGCUAAAAUUGGUUUAUGAUACGGCCGAUUCUCAGCCAACCGACGACAGCCCCCGAUUCGACACCCUGGGCACUUCAGGUCCAACGGCAAAGAACCAAUCUGAGGUGGCGACGGGACUACAGCAAACCGUGUUCAACAUCUUUGCCGAGACCACAUUUGACUGUCCUGCACAGUGGCUCGCCGAGGCGUUUGGGGGACCUCUCCACCAGGCCUGGAAGUACCAGUACUCAGUCACACCAGCCUACCACGGAGCGGACUUGAGCGCCUAUUUUUCCACCGAAGCGUCUUGGCCUAGCAAGGGGUUCAACCACGCGUUCCAGAAGAUCUGGGGCAGUUUUAUCAUCAAUGAUUCGCCUAUUAUUCCCCUCGAAGAUGCUACUGCUAACCAGAGCCACGCCGUUGUUCCUGAAAAUCCACACGGUCGUCUUGACUGGCCGCAGUUCCAACCCUCGGCCCCUUGGCAGAUGGACUUAAAUACCACCGGCGGCACCGUCUCCCCGGUUGUCGUCACGCCAAACUACACCUAUUAUAUCCGGCAGGGGGACGAUAUUGUAAAUCAUUUCCGUCUAGCGAACGCCUAUACCUGGGAAGGAGGACGGGGUCUGAGAUGUUUAUUCUGGCGCGCCGUUGCCGAUCGGAUUCCGCUGUAACCCCGGAGGCUCAGUACACAGUAAAUCCCGCCCGAGGGAAGAUCCAGUGGAGCUAAAACCAGCCCGGUAUAGAUCUACUCUCUAGACCCUUAGAAUUAAUAAUCCAUUCCAGAACGAUGUUACGUACCUCCAAUUCAGGGGGCAAAG